AUGGCUCUCUCACUCUUGAUCGCAAUAAUCGUAUCGAUUUUGGCAUGGUCCCAUUUCCGCCGCCGCCGCCAGAACCUUCCCCCGGGGCCAUACCCGUUUCCUAUCAUCGGAAACAUCCUCCAGCUAGGGUGGAACCCCCACAAGUCCCUCGCCGACCUCUCCAAAACCUACAGCCCCCUGAUGUCUCUCAAGCUCGGUAGCAUCAACACCGUCGUCGUAUCAUCCCCGGAUUCCGCCAGACUGGUGCUGCAAGAGCACGACCAAGCCUUCUCCAGCCGCACCAUCCCCGCCGCGGCCGAAGCCCACGGCUUCGACAAGAUUCAAUCGGGCUCAUACCGGUGGGUGAGAGGUGGAGAAAACUAA